AUGGCGCCCCUUAACAAGUCCAUCAACACCUAUCACUGCAUCCAAGGCCUGUACUGGAGAGAUGCUUCAGGCGAACUCCUAGCUGUCGAAGGAAGCAAUUCAAAAUCGCUCCCAGAGAUAUGGACACAACUCAAAGAUAUUGUAUGCUCCACUGACGCGUCGUGGACCCAACUUCAAUUGCCCUCUGGCAAAGCCAUCAAGACUCUUCAGAUCAACGCCAGCAUUCCAGCUCUUCUCAACAUUCGCUCAAAUUUCCCACCAUCAUAUCAACAAGAAGAACUCAACACACAAGUGUCCGAGAUCCAGCACGCAAAUGGUCUGUUCUUGGGCAUUCUUACAUCCAGACCAAAGUCGGUCAAAGCCGAUGGCUUUGGAGUAUGGGCAGAGCGCUUCGUCCUCCUAGAGACCGAAUUUCAACCAUUUGCUCACAUCUCGACAUCAACUACACCAUGGGCUCAAAAGCACCGCGAGACCUGUGCAGUCAUUGCCGAAAUUUUCGAGCGCAGACUCAAGAACGUCUCCAAGGAUGACCAAUGGCAUGUAUGCGGUAAAGAGGUGUUCUUGAACCGUGUCUACGGAUAUGUCGACAAGAACCUUCCAAUCCAACUAGCCCUUCCUGCCUUUCCCUGCAAGUCGCCGAACCCUAACAAAGCUGGCGGCAUCAUGCCGGAUCUGGCUGAACACAUUGCCAUGGAUGCGCUUCACGCCUUUGUUCAAGAGGUGAACGGCGUGUAUGCGCCAGGCGCAACCAUGUGGGUUAUCAAUGACGGCCACGUCUUUUCUGAUUGCAUUGGAGUUGACGAUGAGAUGAUCGACACAUACGAUGCCUGCAUGGCAGCGAUAUACAAGCAACGAUACCCAGAAGACGCUGGCCCUGUCCCCGCCAUUAAAUUCAAGGGCCUAAAGAAUAUCUUUGCGGCCGACUCUGAUGGCUUCCUAGGCCUACAGAAGCUACUCCAGAACUCACACCAGAUGCCUCAUCCCGUCAAGACGAAGCUCACCGGUGAAGCUGAGCUCUGUCGCAAACUGAUGCUUGGCAUCGGAGGACCCGACCGCGCAUACAUCCGCCAGCUGAUUGAGCAGCAAGAACCCGAUGCUCUUGGACUUUACCGAGGCCAGACACGCUUCAUGCUCGAAGAUUUGGCUGAUAUUCCAUCAGUCAAGUCUCUGAGCGGCAAGCAAAAGAAGAAGACAGCUGCUCUUGUAGCAGAAGAGAUGAUGUCUCGAAACCAAGCAUACUCCAACCUGACGGAGCUCCUCCUUCCAAACUACGUUCGUCUCUCGAUUCAUGCACACAACAACGCUGGUCCCAAAUUUGCUAUCCGUCUAUUGCCAGCAGACAAGGUACGCGCAAUCGACUCGCUUGAGACGUGCCUUGAGCCCAAUCCCGUGUAUGAAUACCAGCUCCCAACGCCUUGGCACAACUGCAUGAUCAAGGUAGAAGGCGAUGAGUUCAUGUACCUCGCAAAAGCCCAAGUAGCCAGGAAGGCUCUACAAACCCCAGGUUUCGAAGGCUCUUGGGUAGAUGGACCCGAUGGAUCAUACUUCAGCCUAAGGCGCAAGUCAGCCGAAACAGCGGGCACCAUUGCUCCUCCCAAGCUCAUUAUUCCCGGAACUACACCCAUGGAGAAGGUCAGCGUCUUCAACCAGAACAAGAAGAGCACCAUUGUCCUCGUUACGCCGAUCCACGAGAAGCAGAGGCCAAUCAUUAUCUGCUCGCCGGUCGUGGGCAAGAACAGCCCCAUUGUCGUUACUUCGGCGGCAGGCGAGGGCCAGCGACCCAUUGUCGUCUGCUCGCCCAUCACCCGCAGGCAAGCCAUGUUCUCCCCCAUUGCCGAAAAGAUGCGCUCGCCCAUUGGCUCUCCUAUCGUACGCAGGAAGACACAGGUCAUUGCUUGCGAUCCUGCGGCCGAAAAGGGCGCCACGGUAGCUGUUUCACCCGUGGAGACUGGAUCUCUUGCGCGACAGGAUACUCACUUUGUUCAGCGGGGUGAGAAGAACAAGCUGCGCAGGCUUCUUCCUGUCAUCAGCAUGAUGCGGUCCAUUCGGGCGCAAGCGUAG